GGAAACGCUCCCCUCCCGACCGGUUGCGGGAACCUUUGUGUCUCGCCUCUGAUGCCGGUUAGGGCGGGGACGGGUUCGAAAAGAGCUGCCGGGAACGGACAGAGUGGCGGGGCGGAGCGGUGUUUGCAAUGGCUGCUACUGUGAACUUGGAACUUGAUCCCAUUUUUCUGAAAGCACUAGGUUUCUUACACUCUAAGAGUAAAGAUUCUGCUGAAAAGCUAAAAGCGCUGCUUGAUGAGUCUUUGGCUCGGGGCAUCGAUUCAAGUUAUCGUCCAACUCAAAAGGAUGUGGAACCACCCAAAAUUUCAAGCACAAAAUCUAUUUCUAUCAAGCCUGAGCCCAAAACAUCAUCUACUCUCCCUUCCAGCAGUAGUAAUGGCAAAGUCCUCGCACCUGAAAAGAUAAAGAAAGAAGCCGAGAAGAGACCUGCUGAUAAAAUGAAAGAUGUCACGGAAGGAGUUGAUAUUCCAAAGAAACCCAGAUUGGAGAAACCAGAGACACGAUCUUCUCCCAUUACUGUCCAAACUAGCAAGGAUUUAGCUAUGGCUGACCUCUCCAGCUUCGAAGAGACUAGUGCUGAUGAUUUUGCCAUGGAGAUGGGCUUGGCUUGUGUUGUUUGUAGACAAAUGACAGUGGCAUCUGGAAAUCAAUUAGUGGAAUGUCAAGAGUGCCAUAACCUGUACCACCAGGAUUGCCAUAAACCCCAAGUGACAGACAAAGAAGUGAAUGACCCUCGCCUGGUGUGGUACUGUGCCCGGUGCACCAGACAGAUGAAGAGAAUGGCUCAGAAAACUCAGAAGCCACCACAGAAACCAGCUCCCACUGUUGUUUCUGUGGCUCCAGCUGUCAAGGAUCCGCUAGUUAAGAAACCAGAAACCAAACUCAAACAAGAGACAGCCUUCCUGGCAUUCAAGAGAACAGAAGUUAAGCCACCCACGGUUAUUUCAGGAAAUUCUUCUAGUAACAACGUGUCCUCUUCAGUAACUAGCGGCCUAACUGGAUGGGCAGCUUUUGCAGCCAAAACGUCUUCAGCUGGUCCAUCAACAGCAAAGUUGAGUUCCACAGCACAGAACAGUAGUGGAAAACCUGCUGCCUCGUCAGCUAGCCAGAAGCCGGUGGGGUUGACUAGUCUGGCAACAUCAUCCAAAGGUGGGCUAGGUUCCAAACUAGGCUCUGGUAACAGCUCUUCCCCCUCUGUACCACUAAAACCGCUUCCCCCUCUAACCUUAGGCAAGACCGGCUUGAGCCGCUCAGUUAGUUGUGAUAAUGUCAGCAAAGUGGGUCUUCCCAGCCCCAGUAGUUUAGUUCCUGGAGGCGGUGGGCAGUUGAGUGGGAAUGGAAAUAGUGGCACGUCAGGGCCCAGCGGAAGUGCCACAAGCAAAACCACCUCAGAGCCAGCAGCAGUCCCUCAGCAUCUCUUAAAGGUCCAACGUCGCAAGAAUCACAGCUCAAUGCAAUGAAGCGAUUACAGAUGGUCAAGAAGAAAGCUGCCCAAAAGAAACUCAAGAAGUAAUGUGGCCAAAUAGGUUUUUAUAUCAUAUUGCUCUAAAGAGUAAAAAAUAAAUAAAUAAAAUCCUUAUUGGAACAAAAGGUGUAAUAUACUGUAACUUAAUAAAAAUCAUGAUGAUCAGAUCUCUAUUGUGUGUUACAUUAAAGUGCUAGUAUUAUUUAGCCAAACUUGGAACCAUUUAUUUCAACCUGUUUAGCAUUUUUAUUUUAAUGAUUUCCAUAAUGUACAAAAAUAGUAAUUAUGACUGGUACAUGGUGAGAACGUUAGAAGAUUGGUAGCAUAUGCAGAUAUAAAGAAAUGGUUCACUUGGCAAAAUACCCCAAGAUUUUUUUUUUGGUUUUUCGAGACAGGGUUUCUCU